AUGGAUCACAAUCCACAACCAUAUUAUAUAUAACUCAUAACUUGUUAUCUCAUCCCUCACUCUCAUUCUCAUUCUCAUUCUCAUUCUCAUUCUCAUUCUCAUUCUCAUUCUCACAAUGUCUUCAUCAUCCACAAUGUUCCUCUUAUACUCACUAGUAAUUAUGUUGUUACCUUCAUCUAUAGCAGGUUUUGACAUAACAAAUCUUAUGUCCCAAUACCCUGCAUAUCGCAGUUACAGAAACUACAUUACUCGGAAGUUACAGUACACUGCUCUGCCUCCUAUUCCUGCUAUAUUACCUAUUCCAGUUCCGGUUCCCGUGCUUUCUCCGGUGCCAGUCGAAUCACCCCUUCCAGUGCCUGUAGUUUCACCGGUACCGGUACCGGUACCAGUACCAGUACCAACUCCUUUUCCAGUACCGGUGGAAUCCCCGGUGCCUGUAGUUUCACCAGUACCUGCAACAGCUCCAACAACUCCAACAACUAUAACAACUCCAUCUCCAGCACCGGUAACCGGACCAGCCGGUGUUCCGGGGCCGGCAUUAUCUCCUAUGAGUCCAGAUGGUGCUCCUGCUGCUAAUAACGGAGAAGGUCCCAAAUCUGGGGCGAUGAAGUCUGAUGUGAACAAUGCUUUACCUCUUUUCCUUACAUUCACCACAAUCUAUGUGUUGAUGUCUAGGUCCAUGUAUCUUCAUGAUUAAUUCAUGUCACCAUAUAUAACACAACAUCACAGUCACACCGUAACAGGUAUAGGACUAUACCCACAAAAAUUCAUUUACAAAUACAAUAUAAUAUUCAUUGUCAUUUGUUAUACUUGUUUGGGAAAAUGCAAUCACUUGCAUCCUCCCCAAGUUCAUACAAGUUCUGAGUGUUUAAAUGCUUCCUUAUGGUUAAAGCAUGGAGCAGUAGAGUCAGGAAGCAAAAAGAUCAAUAAUUUGUAAUCAUUUUCUCCAUACACUUCUGAUAUAAAAUGAGUUUUUCCUUGAGAAAUUAUGAUUAUGCAUUAGUUAUCAUGAAAUUAUUGUUAUGUUUGAAUUGUUUAAAAUCAUAUUGUGAAAGUGCAAUGACUUAUAUAUAUAUUUACAUACUAUCGGUGUAUCUCAUUAAACAAAUUCAGUUGAUAGUUGUGGAGAGACAUCAGAUACUAGUAGUGUAAUACAGAUUGAGUUGUAAGAGAGAAAGCUGAUAUGUUUUGUCUUAUUAACUAGUGUACUAUAUAUAGUUGUAGAGUAGUAAUAAACAAAAACUAGGCCCCAGCAAUGGUGGCAAUGAAAGGAUUGAGGUAACAAACUGCUGUACAUGAGCAGCAGUUAUGUUUAUUUAUUAUGUGUUUGGUACUUUAUGAAGUGUGAUUGGAAGAUUGUGAUGAAUUGGACCAUACAAAAACUCUCCAGAAAGGACGCUUGUUGUGCAAAACUUGAGUUUCUGUUUUCUGUAACAUUUCCCACAUGACUUGUACAUCCUCAUAUUCACAAGUCUGUACAUCAUCUCUGAGCUUCACCAAUCCCGCUCCUGUUGCAUGACAGAAACAAAAACAUGUUAGGACCCCUGAAGAAGCAUCCAUUAUUAAUAUGAGUGUCGUAAAAGUUUAGAGGGUGAAAAUAGGAUAGGACAGUUUUUGAAAGCAUUAAUUCCGUGUCUAGGGGUCAUUUAUAGACUUUAACGUUGGUGUCAGGGCACGAUGAAAUUUGCACUGAAAAAGAUGUGGAUCCUACUUUCUUUUUCGUUGCCACAAUCACAGGGCACUGACCAAAAGAGAUAGGUUAGUUAGCACGCACCACUUGUGUACUAGUAUGUAUGUAUGUAUCUAAACACAAUGAUUAUGAUGGGUAAAAAUAAUUGAAAAAAUAAAGAAAUUGAUAUGGUUGGUGGAAUAAGUAAAUAUAUUUAGAGAGAUUAAGCUAAUUUAAUCCAAUCUAAAAAGAUGGCGGUUGCGAUAUGCAUGUAUAGUAGGAGAUGAGAGGAUUGUUACCGUUUUUGCGGUGUUUGAUGCGAGUGGAGAGAGCAAGGCAGAGACGCUUGACAGGGAAGAUCAUGGUUUGCCAGAUAUGCAUGAGAUUGUUGUUUUUGACAGCGGCUAGUAGAAGAGUCUU